AUGGAUCAAGUACCAGAUACAGCCCAGCACUUUAUCGAGUGUGACACAGAAUCUUGUAGGAACUUUUCUGAGUUUUACUGUAAUACCUGUCAUCAGCGAAUCUGUGACCAAUGCAAACAGCGCCAUCAAGAACAGAACAAUGGACAUAGGAUUGUCCUCUACCACGAGAGAAAAAGAAAACUUCCCUCAGAGAAAUGCAGGAUCCACGCCACAGGGGAUUUAGAUUUUUUUUGCGAUGAUUGUCAUAAUCCCAUCUGUUCUACGUGCGUUGACCAACAUCACAGUGAUCAUGAAAUUAGUGACCUUGAAACAAUUUACAAUGAUAUUCUACAGGAUUGUCAGAAGGCAAUAACUGAGGUUUGGAGAAAAGACAUACUUGAAGCUAAAGAUAAUGUUGAAUUAAUUGGGAAAAAGAGAGAAAAUGUGAAGAAAGAAAUUGUCAAACUUAGAGUUUCCAUGAAAUAUAGAGCAGAUGAACUGAAAGAGGUUGUCGACAAUAUACUAAUUGAUAAUAUUAAAAAGCUAGAUGAAAUAGAGAACUCCGUCCUAACAGAAAUGAUGGAACAACAGAAGAAAAAAGUGGACUACAUUAAUUACCUAGAAAAACUGAUUGCAGAUUAUGAGAGUAAAAUUUCUUUAAUAAAACACACUGAACUCAUAAAGUUCCAUUUAGAAAUUUCAUUGGCUACCCUUAAGAUGCCUAGCAAAUCUGAACCCAAACUUCCAACCUUUACAUUAGGUACACUAAAUAAAGAAGAAAUUGCAAAACAGUUUGGUGAAAUAGAACUAGAUUUAUCAGAAAGGUUUAAACUUUCCUCUGUCAUAAAAGUAAGUGAAAAAACUAUCCCUAGAGAAGGAAUUUUUCAUUUGUCUCUCUUACCUCCAAACAAAUUUUGGGCUAGUGAAAAGUGGGGGAAUAUCAAUCAGUAUGAUAUGGAAGGAAACAUUUUACAAAAAAUAUCCACCACUAUUUUGGAUUUCCAAGGUAACCACACAGUCACAACAGAGGAGGAACUGCUUUACACAGAUAUGAAUGAAAACGCUGUAAACAGAGUAAAAAGUGACAUGUCCACCGACAAACUCAUUGAAACAGGGAGCUGGGAACCUGGAGCCAUCUUCUCCUCUCCUAUAAAUGGACACAUAUUAGUUGGUUUACGAAAAAGAACAAAGUCAAGCAACAAUAAAAUAACUAGAUACAACAGAGAAAGAACGAAGUUACAGGACAUACAGUGGGAUGAUAAAAGAAAAACUCUCUACAGAAGUAUACGCUUCAUCACAGAGAACAUCAAUGGUGACAUCUGUACAUCUGACGGGAAAGCCAGAAAGGUUGUGGUGGUAACUGCCUCAGGAACGUAUCGCUUCUCUUACACUGGUCACCACUCUCAGUCUGGAUUUAUUCCCAGUGGAAUUUGUACAGAUGUUCUGGGAAACAUUUUGGUGUGUAAUAACUAUUUCACAUUUAUGAAGAACUGCUUUAGUGUCGACAUGCUGGACAUCAAUGGUCAGUUCUUGUCUUUUUUACUCACAUCAGAACAAUUUCCGCCAUCCCCCCAUGCUCUCUGUAUUGAUGACCAACACAAUCUCUGGGUUGGGGCAUCGGACAGUUUUACUAUCCUUGUGUAUAAUUAUUUGCAGAAAACAGAAAAAUGA